AUGAGACCAGUCACAACUUCCCGUACAUCUUUGCCCCUAUGGAUAAUUGCCCUUAUUGUGUUUGGAGUGUUGGCAAUCCUGGGAAUAACUAUUGGUCUCCUGGUUCAUUUUCUGGCAGUAGAAAAGAUGGUCUACUACUACCAAGGUAGCUUUAAGGUUCUGGAUAUCCCAUAUAAUAGAAACUAUGAAAGAGAGACAUCACCAGAAAAUAAUUAUGUUAGCAAAAUUCUCGAGACUAAGAUGGUUGAUGCAUUUCAGAGGUCUAGUAUUUACAGACAAUAUAUCAAUUCUCAAGUCAUCACACUGGUUCCUGAGAGCAACAGUAUGACAGCACAUAUAUGGCUGGUAUUCAAGGCUUCCAGAUCAAUGAAGGAAAACACAAGAAGAAGAAUUGAAAGCAUCUUACGUGACAUGCUGAGUGACCACUCGGGAUCCUUGACGACGGAGCCUAAUUCUCUUAAGCUUGUGGAAAUCAGUAAGGCCAAUGCUGAAAAGAUUAUCAACAACCGCUGUGGGAGACGAGCGAGGAUGUCAGCUACGUAUGAUAGAGUCAAGGGAGGUUCCAGUGCUCGGGAAGGAGAAUGGCCCUGGCAAGCAAGUCUCAAAAUAAAUGGCCAACACUACUGUGGGGCAUCUUUGAUCAGUGACAGAUACCUGGUGACUGCAGCUCACUGCUUUCAAAAGACACUAAAUCCAAAAAACUAUACUAUCAGCUUUGGCACCAGAGUAACUCCCCCUUAUAUGCAACAUUAUGUUCAACGAAUUACUAUUCAUGAAGACUACAUCCCGGGGGAACAUCAUGACGAUAUUGCAGUUGUACUGCUCACUGAAAAAGUUUUAUUUAGGAAUGAUGUACAUCGAGUUUGCCUUCCUGAAGCCACCCAGGUUUUUCCACCAGGGGAAGGUGUUGUUGUUACAGGAUGGGGAGCACUUUCGUACAAUGGUAAAUACCCGGAGUUACUUCAGAAAGCACCUGUGAAGAUUAUUGAUACAAACGCUUGUAAUUCUUGGGAAGCAUAUAAUGGUCUGAUACAGGACACGAUGCUAUGUGCUGGGUACAUGGAAGGAAAUAUUGAUGCCUGCCAGGGUGACUCUGGAGGACCACUGGUUUAUCCCAAUUCUCGAAAUAUUUGGUACCUUGUUGGAAUAGUAAGCUGGGGAGUAGAUUGUGGUAAAAUCAACAAGCCAGGUGUCUAUAUGCGAGUGACUGCCUACCGCAACUGGAUUGCCUCCAAGACUGGUAUCUAA